AUGAGAUUAGUUGGAAGCAAAGAAGAUGAUCACAUAUGGCGAAGUAAAGUUCCGACAUUAGGUCCAUUCUGUUUAUUAUUAUGGGAUGAUCCAUUCAACACCAGAAUGAAAACAAAUAUCGAACUCUAUCGAGGAGCUAAUCUUAAGCCUGAGCAAAUUGCUAUGUAUGAAGCGAUGGCCAAAACCAAAGAUGAAUAUGGAUCGUUUCAAGGUUUUUCAUCUUGCAGUCGUAAUCGUAAAAAAGCAGAAGAAUUUGGAAAUGCAUUAUUUAUCAUGGAAGUGAAGUUUGCUUUCAUUGCUGAUAUUAGUAAAGUAUCAGAAUAUGAGAAUGAAGAAGAAGAACUCAUUACACCGGGUGUUUGUUUUCGUGUGCUAAAGGUUAAAUUUGAUUCGGAGACAAAGAAACAUUUGAUUCAUUUGGAAUUAAGACAACGUUGGUCUGGUAAGAAACUUUCUUUCGAUAUUCAUAAUAGUUUUCAUCAGGAUAUUUCCCGAGGUAAUCUUAUUUUCUCUCAACAUGAAUUCCCAUGUUUACAAUCCAUGUCUAAACGACUUAGUUGUAUUUUACAGAUAGUAAUUUUAAACUACUGCAUCAAUAAUAAUUGCGCUCGAAUAUUUUUCAAACCAUACGGUUGUUUAACAAUGCGCGUACUAAUUCAAAGUUUUGGCACAUAUUACUACAAAGUAUUAGAAAUGAUAGAUUUUCCAACGCUUAUAUUCUUCUUUGUACAAAGAUUAUGA